GCCAGUCUGUAGCGCAUUUUGGAACACUCUGUGUGUGUGUGUGUGUGUGUGUGUGUGUGUGUGUGUGUGUGUGUGUGUGUGUGUGUGUGNGAGAGAGAGAGAGAGAGAGAGAGAGAGAGAGAGAGAGAGAGAGAGAGAGAGAGAGAGAGAGAGAGAGAGAGAUGGCGGAUCGGGGAUGUGGCAACGGUGAAGUUUCAUAUUGGGUUUCGGAUCAUCGUCGUCAGUGUCUUAGUCCAAUCGAGCGGCUUCGAUGGAGAGGAGUGACGGGCGACCAGUUCAUUUUCGCGAUCGAUUUCUCGAGUCUUAACCGGACAUCAGGCAGGCGUUCCUUCGGCGGCUGCGGUCUUCACGACGUUCACCGCGGCGAUGCGAACCCGUACCUGAAGGCCAUGGCUAUUCUCGGUCAUGCCGUCAGUAACAUCGUUCCCGCCAGACCGGGUCGCCCAAUUUUUCUCGGCUUCGCCGCGGCGGACCGAAAGGUCUUCUCCCUCGGUUCUUCCGAAGAUUGUCUUCGCUAUGAUGUCGAGGCUGGUCUCUGGCGCUACAAGGAGAUAGCGCCAUUUAUUCGCGCUGGACACCCGUCUUCUUCUUCUUAUUCCACUGUGAUUGAUGCUGCUAUGGAGAUCGUCGCCGCCGCCGGCGGUUUUCACAUCUUGGUCAUUCUGACGUGCGGUCGGCUGUUCGACCUCGGAAGUGCCGAUGCCGCCCGGACUCUCAACGCUAUUGAGAAGUCGAGGGGGUGUCCUCUCUCUAUCAACUUCGUCGGUGUUGGGGAUGGCCCAUGGAGUGGGCUUUAUAAUCAAUCGAUUAGGCGAGUUCAUAGUAAUACCAACUUCGUGAAUUUCACGGAGACAUCUGCCAUGCCUAUGGAGCCGCACGAGAAGCAGGAUCGGCUGGUGUCGGCUUGCCUUCGAGCCGCUCCGAGACAGCUGCUGGCUUUCGAAGACAAGCUGGCCCUCUCUAUCUCUCCCCUCGCUGGGGGUGGUCGUCUUCCUCGCCCUCCUCCUCCCUUUGAUUGGGGCAGUCGGAUUCAGUUGCCGCCGGUGAGUGUGCUCCAAGCCGAAGCCGCGGGACAGCUCAUUACCCGCGGGCCGCUGAUGAACUCAGGGCCCUACUCUCCGCACUGGACUCCCUCGUCGUCGUCGUUGGCUUCGUCUUCGAGAUGGAAAAGUAGCCAUCAUGGUUAUGGGAGUGCGAUUCCGAGUGUCGUCGAUCAGGAUCUUGAUGGAUCGCGGUGCUUGCGAUGCAGCUCGACGGCGGAGAUAGUGAACGCGCUGUUCACUGAGUGUGGGCAUCAGACGUGCGUGCCCUGCGCAAUGACGAAAGCGGUCAUGUUCUGCCCUGUGUGCCAGAGCGCAGCCAAUAACUGGGUCGAAGUAUUCAGAUAAAGACUAAGCGGCGGCGGCCGCGCCGCGGCGCAAAGUAGCCUCCUGAUGGAAAAGGGCUCUC